UCUGUGAUUUUCGCCUCGUGCUUCUGUGGGAGAAGGUAAUAUGAGUAUUUGAUCGUUUUACGUCCUGAUUGUAAAUGAUAAUAUUUUACGCAGAUAGUCAAAAGUUUUAAUAUUAAGGAUUAUGUUUGGCCUACUUUACAGCUGAAUGCCUUGAAGCUAAAGACUGCAAUGCCUCUGGGAACAGUCGGCAAGGUGGCAAUUGGCUGGAGCAUAAUAAUCGUCGGUGGUCUGGUCAGCUUCGCCUGGGCCAAGAACAGUGUCGUCAAGCAGCGCCACGAGUUGAUGCGCGCCCGACAGCGCAUGCUCCGAGCCAACGACGCAGACUACGAGAGCGAGCGCAAGUUCACCGGCUGAGCGACUGAAACGGGCUGUACUGCGACCGGCUUGGCCUGGCGAGGCUCGAGUGUAGUGCGAGGCUAUCUGGGUCCAAUCGCGGCCCGGUGGAACUCUCAGAGGGGUGUCUCUCUCGCUUAGUGAAACUCUCCUAGCGUGACGCCACGAUGGCCGGUUCGGGGGUGCCGGGCGGGCUCAAUGAGGGCCAGAUGAAGCUGAUGCAGGACCUGGAGGUCGAGGUGAUGGCCGACCUCUUCAACCGCAUGACGGCCGUCUGCCACCGGAAGUGCGUGCCGACCAAAUACCGUGACUCAGAGCUCUCCAAGGGUGAGUCGGUGUGCCUGGACCGCUGUGUCGCCAAGUACCUGGAUGUACACGAGCGGAUAGGUCAGAAACUGACCAACAUCUCGCAGGCCGAGCAGGAGCAGAUGAAGUCCAUGAUGGCAGCGCAGCAGGCGACGCCCUAGCGGAGGCCGCGGACGCUCGGGUGUGUGUCUGAUUAGAUGGGAAUGAUGACCGUUGAUGGCCGAUGGGGAUUGGAUGAAGCGAUAUAUCCGUCUGCAUCAGUGCGGAGUGCGCGCCGCGAUUAUGGUACUUUUGACCAGGUGUGGUAGAUAUUGGCAAAUGCGUGCGUGUGUGGCGCGCGGCCGCAUAUUCCGCGUGACGUCUCAUUGUUGAGUACGCUCUGACACUUUACACUGUCUGUACUGAAACGUGAGCAAUAUAGCGAUAGCUAUGGAAAUGCUGAA